AUCUCCCAUCGCUGCGGUUCGUUCCGGUUCCAAGUCAUGGCGUCAGAGGCUCCGGAGGCUCCUGAGGCUGCUGAGGUAGUCGAGGCCGAAGGCGAUGCAAGUGAUGCAAGGCCACAAGCUAAAGCAGGACCCGAGCUGACACCUGAACAGGAGGAGGCUCUUAAGAAGAUCCAGGCGGCUCAGCGGGGCUUGGAGCAGCGUGCCGCCGAUGUCGAUGCCACGGCAACCGCAACGAUGGCAGAGGGGGCGGGUGAUGCGGGUGCUGUCCCGGGGGUCCCAGCGCCCGCAGCCAAUGGGUCGGCCCGUGUUGCAACACGGCGGCAAAAGCGAUGGAACUUGCGGAAAGCGCGAAUGUAUCGUUUAGCCUAUGAUUUUCAGAUCAAGAAGCUGAUCGAAGAAAAGAGCUCAGCCUAGUUGCGCAGAUGCAAAGGAGGUUUCCAACAACUUGCCCGUGCAAGUGUUUGCCGUCCGCUGGCGAACGGGCGGCGUUAGUGAUAAGAAUAAGCAGGGUUUGGUACAUGUACCAUUUUGGAGGGG